UCGCGAGGAGUGAGCGCGCGCGGUCUGCCCGCUCCGCUGUGACACAGUCAUGAUGGCCGCCAUGCGUCGGUUUCUGGCUCUGCGAAACAAGUUCACCAGCUCUACAAACGGUUUAAGCCUCUAUUUUAACAGCAGACAGUCAUGGAGGGAAAGAGCAGUUAUAGCAGGGACAGGACUGUGUAUCACUGUCGGUGGAUUCGCUGUUGUUUACUACCAGCACAAUGCGAGUCUGCGUGCAUUGAUUUCUCCGUUGCCCACAGUUGCUGCAGAAGAGAAGGCCAGUGCAUCUGCUGAAAAUGAAGAGGUUUCGAUGUCAGCCCAUGAGCACAGGUUCAGGCUCUUCAGUUCACUGGAGUAUGAUGGACAGCUUUAUAUGACUCCCCUCGACUUCAUUGAGUCCAUCACUAUGAGCGAACCAAAGAAAAAGAGGUUUUGGAGAUCCCUCACAAAGCAGGAUCUAGACAAGAUUCUGUCAGAUACGCCACCUGUUUGGAAAGGAUCAUCCCGUCUGUUCCGAAACCUGCGGGAAAGAGGUGUCAUCGCUUACACAGAGUAUCUGUUUCUGCUUUGCAUUUUGACAAAGCCACAUGCAGGAUUUAAAAUUGCUUUCAACAUGUUUGAUGCAGAUGGCAAUGAAAUGGUGGAUAAGAGGGAAUUCAUGGUGCUGGAAGAGAUAUUCCGUAAGAAAAAUGAAAAGAAAAUAGAGCGGGGAGGAGAUCCUGACAGUUACUCUCAGCUGAGCGUGGAACUGUAUGGACAUCAAGGAUCUGUCAGCAGCGAUGUACUUAAAAAAGAGCAGCCUCAGUCUGAACCCAGAAGUUUCUGGGAUGUUCUAAGGCAUGGUGCGAGAAUAGUUCUCUUUUCAGAUCUGAUGGAGCACGAACCAGAAAAUGUCACCGACACAACUCUGCUGGUGCAUUUCUUUGGAAGAAAGGGCAAAAGUGAACUUAACUUUGAUGACUUCUACAGAUUCAUGGACAACCUGCAGACAGAAGUCCUUGAGAUUGAGUUUGUCGGCUAUUCCAAGGGAAUGACCACCAUCAGUGAGGAAGACUUCGCUCGGAUCCUGCUGCGUUACACCACAGUGGAGAACAUCACAGGCUACCUUGAGAAUGUGCGUCAAAGCAUACCCGAUGAGAAGGGCAUCACGUUUGAAGAGUUUAGGACCUUUUUUCAGUUCCUCAACAACUUAGAGGAUUUUACCAUUGCCAUGCAAAUGUACAACUAUGCAAAUCGCCCAAUUGGACAAGAUGAGUUUGCACGGGCAGUCUAUGUGGCCACUGGCCUGAAGCUGACACGACACCUCGUCAACACUGUUUUCAAGAUCUUUGAUGUGGACCAUGAUGACCAGCUGAGCUACAAAGAGUUCAUUGGGAUAAUGAAGGACCGUCUGCAUCGUGGCUCCUGGGGAUAUAAAGGUGAAGAGAGAUUCACAUCCUUUAAGGCCUGCAUGAGGAAGGAACUCACUGCUAAAUAGGUGAAAGUCCCGCUGAGUGUUUCUCUUCAGCCUCACAUCACGCUGAAGAAGAAAUCUCAAGUUGGAUUAAGGUUCUCAGUGACUCGAUGCAAUUACCUACCUGACCUGUGUCAAACUCUGUUAGCUACAAAUACUGCCAUAAUUAGAUUAACACGCUACCUCCCUAGACUCUAGUCACAGCUUUGUCACUCGGCUGGCACUUUAAAAGCCAUUGACUAAAAGGGAUAACACUUUAAUGGAAUAGCCAUAAUACUUUUAUUAAUCAAAGUUAUUUAUUAAAAGUCUUAUAAAUUUAAAUGGGUCCAGUGCCCACAUUUUGGGAUAAAUUAAAUAGUGUUUUUAGAUAUAAUGACAUUUUACUUCAUAAACUUAAAGGGUGUUGAAGUGAAAAGUGCUGAAUUCUGAUGGCAUGUACAGUUAUUUAUUCUAUUUAUUGACCUAUUUUGUGUAAAGAAACAGUUCUCUUGGGUCUUAAUGCCUCUGUAGUUCUGUAGUGGCAAUGCAUUGUUCUUUUUGCUUCUCUAGGAGUUAUAAGCCAGAUAAUCUUUCCUUACAAUGAGCACAUUGCUAACAUAGUUUCUCUGAGCUUGUCCACUGCCCACCACCCAGAUCAGCUUACACAGGGUCUGACAGUGCUUAGUGCACACAGCAAUAAUGAGUCCUCAGUAAUCUCACAAUGUGCUACACAUACAGAUCCCUCUCUCCACCUCUUUCAUGGGUCUCUUACACUGCCACUCCUUUAAGAAACAUCCUGCGAAGCCAAAACAACAAACGAGAAGAAACUGAAUCCCACUGAACUCUAUAAUCAGGCCUGGUUUCAUGUAGGUUUAGAGAUAUGAUAGCCAUCUCUGUGAAUCAUUUUAUAAUGGUUUUAACUGACUAAUCUUCCCAAUUCUGACAGUGCUUUAGAGUAUGAUUGUUCUUUUAGGUGAUUAAGAAUAUUACAGUGUGCAGUUUUAAUUAUCAUUGUCAUAUGUAAUAUUAAAGGGGAUGCCAGGGCUAGUUGUAACACAUUACUCUGGUAAAUAAUUCUCAGGGUUUUUAAGUCAACAUAUGUGCAGAUAUUUUAAAUAAUUGGCAACAAAAAGAUGUUGGACAUUACCAACAUAAUUGCCCAGGAAAUAUGAUACUUAAAAAAAAAAUUCUAUUGUAAGACAGUUUUGAACCCACAUAAAACAGGACAGGCAUUUGUUUAUCUGGAUCUUUUACUCAAAACUUUGUUUUAUUAUUAACUUUUGUGACAACUGCCUUGUGUAAAAAUUAGCUCCAGUCUCACUUAUGCUUUUCUACAGAAUAUAGGCCAUGUUUUAGAGCUUUAAAACCUAAAAUAGCUAUCAUUAUUUAUAUUAUAAUUUCAUUAUCUAUUUCAUGUAAAUCUCUUAAGAAAUUAAAACCAUCUUUUUCAGUCUUUUUGACUUCUAUAUUACAAUGUGCAUCUGUCAUUACCAUUAUGUGAAGUGUACUUUUUAUGCAUUAGUGUAUUCUGAUUGCUUAAAAGGUUUGAAUAAAUUUAAAAACCACAAUCAGAAUAACAA